CUUGAUUAAUAAAUCCCUAACUUAUUUACUAGGUUGGUAAAUCCAGGGAAAAUUCUAUAGAAUCUUUAAUUUGAUAUUGCAUCCUUUUUAUCACUGGACUUUUGAAAAAAAGAAAAAAAUGUCUUUGCCAUUGCGAGGAAUUAUUUUCUGUCAAGUUUGCAUAUGGAUGGUAGAAUCAGCACCCUCUUUGUCUAAGAUAGAAGGAGUAAUAACCCCGGAUGAAUCGGUUCAGUCCCUAACCAACAACAUUGGAAACAGCAUCUACACUGGAAUGGCUGAAGCUUCCUUAGCAGAUCCAACCGCCACUGACCUACUUAACAAACGCAAAGGAGGAUACACAGACGUCUCAGGCGCUGGGGACUUUUCUGUUACUAACACUAUUACAUCUUCCAAGGAUAGUAAUGUAAAUAGGUUUGAUCAGACAAGUCCAACAAUCAAUGAAGUAAAGCCAACUGUGAAAGCAAUGAAAGCAUUCAAAAAGCAAAAGAAGCCCACAAAAGGAACACUUUCAAAGAAAUCAGAAAGGAAUAAUCCUAAGAUGUCCGAAAACACACUUUUGGAAACAUUUACGACAACCACGAUGUCCUCUGUUUUGGAUGGCGAAACAUCGGAUCCAUUCUUCGACAGUUUUGAUAAUUUCGAAACAACAACCCCAUUUGGUGGUCUUACCACUACUCCACUUGUUACAACAACUCUACCACCUCUUAGACCAUUGGAUAAUAAAGGUCCACCAACGACUACCUUUACACCAUGUUCAGCAAAUAUUCGAGCUAAUCCAAAGAACAGGAAUAUAUAUUCCUAUUUAUCUGGCCCUUGGUCUGGAUAUUUUAUUCGAUGUCCGGCAGGACUUGAAUUCCGCGAAGACAGAUGUCGUUGUGACUGGCCCUUAAUGGAAGCUGUAGAAAACUGUUCGUGUUGCAAAUCUGGUGUUAUGAAACACGAAAAGCAUAGAAACAUGUUCAAACGUCUGAUUAAUGGCCAGUGGGUUGAUGAAGUUUGUCAAUCUCACACCAUGGUCUGGGAUGAUACAGAGUGCAAGUGUGUCUGGGAUGCUAACAAACCAGGGAGGGAAAUCGUGCCAGUGGAUAAACCAACUAAAUAUUAUCCUAGAUAUAAUGAACGAUGUGUUACGCUGCUAAACAUGACCCUUGACAAAGAAUUGAAAGAUGAAGACGGAAAACACAUAACUGGAACCAGAAAAAUACACAGUCGGCGAUUUAAGGCCAUCAAAGGAGCCGUCAACAAGGCCAUGUUGUUUGUAUAUACCCCAUUUGAACUACAGUCUUUCAAAGGAAACAGUUUGGAAAGGAACAUCUACAUCAGCUUUAACUUUAAGCCUGUGGUACAGAAUGCCAAGAAGGUCACACUGUUUUCAAAUGGUUGUAAAGCAUACGAAGCAAUCGAACAAAAACUGCCACCAUCUAUCGAAAUCAAUUUCUUCCCACAUAACGAAACUAUGGAAUUCAUCUUCAAGACUGAAUCCAAAUCAUUGAGCAUCUACAGGAAACCAAGAAGGGACCCAUAUGACUGGUACAGAGUUAGAAUGUAUCUACAGGACAAAGUUCUAACAAUUAUUAUCAACAACGAAGUUCUCUACAAUUCAAAUGGUUUGAAUGGUAAAAUUAUUAGCACCAACUGCAACUUAAUGGUUGGCGGAUCUCCAUUUAACAGUGAGCAGAAAUAUAUCGGAUACAUGGACGAGAUUUUAAUAGUUAAGCAGUGUCCAUAUGCCAAAAAGAAUAACCUUGGACCUCAAGCUGGCUGAAAGAUCUCCUCCAGUGCGUGAACGAUAUCAAACCCCCCAUUUGAUACCAUUUUGCUGUGAUUUCACAGUUUCAUACCUCUGGAUUUUAAUGAGGUUUUUGAUUUACAAAGUUCUGUCUCGUUUUUCUAAUUCUGAAUACGGAAACAGAAUUUUUAAUUGGUUCUUUUACCUCAAGGCUUGCAUGACCUUUGAUAUUCCAGAAACCGAUUCUGGAAAAAAUUGAAAUGAAUUUCAAAAUCUUCAGUGCAUGUAAGAACAAUCUGUGGUGAAGAAUGCCUGACAUUUGAGAAAUCCAUACAUGUUUCAUGAAUAAUUUGUAAAACAUCAUAUCAUUAUAUGUUAAUGUUGUAUUUCUUAUGCUGUUGUAAUUGCUAAAUUAUUCAUUGCUUUUUUUUCUGUUAUGUAAUUUUAAAAACUUUUUUCAACCGUUCGCUCCUAGAAAUCAUUUUAAAUAUAGGUUCUGAGUUGUCCAUUUUAUCCCAUUAAUUCCAAUCUAGGCACGAACAUGGCAUAAUUUGAAUAAAUGGUAAUAUAAGAGAAUUGUUUUAGCAGUAUUAUAUUAAUAAGCUUCAAUUAUCCAACUUAUUGAUUGACAGUCCUCAAAAUUCAGAAUGCUAUAUUCUCAACACGCUGAAUAACCUUUUAUGGUGGUUGACGUGCAUUCACGUUUAGAAUACUUAUAUAUUUAGCCAUAAUUCUUUCUUUGAAUUUCAUGAUUAAAAUAUAAGUAAUCAUUUUGUUGUCACGUUACAUUUAAAAGAGAAAAAAAGUUCGAGAGAAUAGUUCUUUCCUUGACCCCUUGCAGCAGUGAAGGAGAUAUUAAUGUGUCUCAGUGACAUAUUUGUUUUACGAUUUACUUUUUCUAGCUUGACAGGCCACUACAUGUAUAAUAUCAUGCCGUUCUAUAUUUGUCAACAACUUAAUGUAUUUAUGGAGUUUUCUGUGUAUUAGAGAAAGAGACAAACCCCGUUAUUAGUAUAACAAGAUUGUUGUACUGUGUACAUAUAAGAAAUUAUUUAUUUAUUUUCAUCAAUAAGCAGAAUUGCAUGUAGAAAACAAAAACAAGGUACUUUAUGAAUAUUUAGAAAGAUCACGUUCUACUUGUAUGUGACUUUUCCAGUGUUGUAUUGUGAUACGAACGUCAUAUUUUGUUAAUUUAUUUUACUUGUUAUAUUUGACAAAUAAGAAUUAUGUAUAUAGUGCUUGAACAUUUCUGUGAUACAAAUAUAAAAACCAUGUACAAUA